AUGAGUCUUUACAAGGACACAAGUUGGCUAAAGGCUACUCAGGCCUUUGAGGUGCUUGGAUUCAUCGCUGCUGUCGUCGCGCUGAUCCUGAUCAUUCUCUACAUCUUCGUGCCGGCCACAAUCGGCAAGCGGAUCGUCUUCAUCCUGAGCAUUUUAGCCUGCUUUGCCGCAGCCGGUUGCAUUCUCCUAGGCAUCAUCAUCUUUGGCUCGGUAAUACAAUACAACCUCUCGUGGUCGUUCGCUCUCUGCUGUAUAGCGGGCAUCAUCUUCGCCAUUUCCGGCCUUCUGCUGGUCGUCGACAUGUGCAAACGUUAAAUUCUAGUGUCGCCGGGUGGUGAAAAGUGUGCAGCCAGUCCGGGACUCGAACCCGGGACACCUCGCUUACAGGGCGAAUGCUCUCCCGGGCCGCCACACAUCCUUCCACUAAUCCCGUUUAA